CAAGAUGAUGAAGGGAGUGUCAGAUCCGACGAGCUGGCCGUUAGUUUGGGGGGUUUAAAGGUAGCUGAUGAGAGUUACAUUCUUUCCCCCCGCGGGACGGGCAGCACUUUAUCUUCAUCUGGUAAUGAAAAUGGAGUAGCAGUAGCAGCAGCAGCAUCUCAGCCCAUCCUACUUGAACAUCUUAACAAGUUUUUAAUCCAGUGUCAGAUCCAGCCUAUUCGAAGGCCUUGGUUUGACUGGGAUAAAGUCAGCAAAAGAACCAGACAGCGAUACGUAACGAGAACAAGCGAUAUCCUAUCCACGGUCAUAAAAGUCAUUUCUCCAGCUAACGCGCCUUAUCUUUGGAACGAAAUUCAGUCAUCUAGUUUUGUUAAUCAGCAGCUAGGUCCCGUUCAGCCAUUUCUACCAUCAGAGAGGGCUUAUUUGGAAUCGCUGGCAAAAGUGUAUGAACAUUCAACUAGCUGGGAUACGCGGCGACAAGUUCUUUCUGUUAUGGCUGGAGUGGCGAGUUUCAACUCUAUCUCCCAUUUUAUACCCGGUCUGACACAUUACCGAUAUAGCAUUUCAAACAUUCACCGCCUGCAGCAUGGACCUGGUGCUCCAGUUCCGAAAGACAAAGCACCAAGGAUAAGGAUAAAUCUACAACAGCUAGACCACUUUCUUUCCUUCAUUACCAGCCCUCAUCUGGUCCAGGACCUUCCUUUUGGCGAAAAACACUUAGAGCUCUCAUCAGGAAAGAUAAUAGCCGUGCCCAAUGUUAUUCGUACUAUGAUCCCGGAGCGGAUAGUAACGCAGUACAUCCAGUUUUGUUCAGAAUCUAAUUUCAGUCGUUUUAGUCGUAGCACCAUGCUUCGCAUAUUGACUGAGUGUAAAGCAUCUGUACGUAAAUCACUUCAAGGGCUGGAUUACUUCGCUGCUGAGGGUGCACGAGCAUUUGAACACCUGGGAUCGAUUGUGGACAAGAUUUCACCAUUUAGAGCUGACGGAGCAGAAUGGGCUACUGCAACAUACGAUGCCCUGAAGGCAGGAAAGUCAUACCUAAAAGGGGACUUUAAGGUUUGUUCGUGUAGCUUAUUAGAAGUGUAAUAAAUGUAGCACUAGCAUUUGCUCCAGGCUUAAUUGCACAAUGACAUUUUGACUCUUUAUUGGACUGCCUGUGGCAGAGUCAAUCUAGUUUCAAAUUAAAAAAAAGUAUAAUAGGUAUUCUCCCUUCGGCAAAUAUAUGUGAAUCGAUAAGGUUAUAGAGAUCCAAAACGCUCGAAUUAAGCAAGAGGCAUAUGCCUCCAAUUUGCUACCAAGUAAGUCAAUGUAAGUUUUGCUACCAAGUAAGUCGAGUCUUGACUCUUAUGGAAUGAAAGAUUGCGGGACUUUCACGGGAGUUCACACGUUUCAUGAAGUGAAUUAUUUAGCAUCUUGUGGCAAGGCAAAAAAGAUAGAGAAAGUGAGAGUAAUGAACGCAAAUAAGAAAACACAGUCACCUUUACCCUCCCCAACUCCCUUUUUAUCUUACUCCCGGCAUACCUCUUUCGCUGUCUGACACUAGGGCUAUAAAUAAGCAGCCUUGAAGAUCUGCUCCUUUUUUUAUCUUUUUACUCAUGUGAUACACUGCAUAGCAUUGUCUCUGUAUCAGAUGUGUAGGGCUGUGAGCUGAAAGAUGUUACAUUAUUUUUCCCCUUUUUUUAUAGGUACAUAUCGAAUCUCAAUCAACCGUUGCUGACCACUGUAGUGUGUACGCUCUCAGUGACCCGACCGAGAACUGCUUUACUCAGAAGUGUCAUCACCAACACCACCAGCAGUGUGACCAGUGCGAAGCAUUGGAGGCGGUCCUAAAAGAUACUGGCCGCGCGGUACAGGACACGCGCUUUUCUGACGACGAAGAAAGAGACGAGGCCUUGUACCUUUACGAGUCUGCCACUCAAGCCAUCCAAUCGUGGAAAAGCCACCAAUUGCGGUCAGUAAGGCAAGAUCAAUCACGGCUGGAUGUCUUGAAACGGCUGAAUGAAAAUACGGUUCUUGUAGUAAACGAUUGGGCCAUGAAAUUUCUCCCUCAGUUGUAUCGUGAAUCCCAGCAAGACUGGUUCGAGAAGAGGGGGAUUUCGUGGCACAUAUCUGUGGUUUUCCGUCGGGUGAGGGGUGAACUUCAGUCACAGGGUUUCGUGCAUAUCAUUCAGCAGUGCAAUCAAGACAGCACGUGUAUUAUUUUGAUUAUGCAGCAUGUACUCAAAACCUUGAAAGCUGAACACCCCGAGAUAAUGACUGCUUUCUACCGCCAAGAUAACGCGGGUUGUUACCACUGUGUAAACACCAUUCUUUCAUGUCCUGUCAUCGGGAAGUCCACUGGAAUUCAAGUAUCACGUUUGGACUUCAGCGAUCCUCAGGGUGGCAAGGGCCCCGCAGAUAGGUUAGCAGCCACGUGCAAGUCCCAUAUCCGUAUUUAUAUCAACGAGGGACACAAUGUCACCAAAGCAGAAGAGAUGCAGGAAGCACUACUCUCGCAUGGGGGAGUCAAUGGUGUUCGUGUGGCAGUUUUACAGACAGUGCCAGAAAUAAAUCAAGAACAGAAGAUCCCAGGAAUAAGCAAACUGCACAAUUUCGAGUUCAGCGAUGGGGCAAUUGUGGCCUGGCGGGCGUACAACAUUGGUUCAGGAAAACGUUUUGUGAUGGAGAAAAGUACAGGUCAGUUUUACUACGUGUUUUUUACCAGAAUUUUAGAAAGUUGGUAAUCUGAAGGGGCCUAUUAAAGUUGUUUUACUUACGAUGAAACAAAAUUUUUUAAAGGAACUUUCAUAAUUUUAUGCGUAAAAUACAUUUAUAUGCCUGGCAAAGCUUGGCAACGUUAUCAACUCUGAAUCAGUAUUUUAAGUAUUGAUUUAUUCAUUCAGAUUCAAAUUUAAACAACACUGUUUUCAACAAGGAGAGAGAAAUUGGAUGCAACCUCAGUCGUACUUGGUUAUUAGUAUGACUUAUCCUUUACCAGUUUUAUUUAUAAGUAAUCUACUCUUAAGUUCAUAUUUUAUUAUUGCAGAUGUAAACUACGGUUGGCUCUCCGCUAAGUUUUCGGAUGGUAAUUUUAAGACGGUAUCCAUGGUUAGACAACCCAAGCAACCCAGCAGGGAACAAGCCGACGUCCCUCAAGAAACUUCUGCUUUGCCUAGCACUGAUGAUUUGUUCUCGUGUCCACAAGAAGGCUGUGUACGAGUGUUUCAACGAUUCUCUGCUCUUGAACAGCACCUUUCCCUGGAAGCUUGCGAGCUGUGCCCUGAAAAAUAUAGCCUGUUGGACCUUGCAAAACAGGAGUACGCCUCUCGCCUUCAGGAAGGUACAGGACUUGUGCCUUCGUUACACUUCCCAGCCUCGCAAGUGUUAGCCGACAGCUACCGAGCCUGCAAGGAGGGCUGGGCCUUAAAAGGAGCAAAGAAGGCUGAAAGGUUUAAUGAAGCACAGAGGUCCUAUUUAGAAGCAAAAUUCAACAUCGGUCAAAGCACUGGGAAGAAACUAGAUCCUGAUGUUGUCGCCAAAGAAAUGCGUCGGGCUCGCGGCCCAAAUGGUGACAGGCUGUUCGUCGUAACGGAAUUUCUAUCUGCUCAACAAAUUUCAUCCUUCUUUUCUCGUUUGGCUGCGAAAGCACGUCAGAAAGAGGUGCAGGUGACAGAGGAAGAUGCACUCGCGGUAGAAGAGGAGGUCAACUUCUUUACAGCCAGAGACAGAGUGCUUUCGUCCCUUCAUGUUAAUCACCCUAUUGUAGUCGAUCAGUACGACUUGUGUGCCUUGGUAAAAAGCAAGGAAAUAAAGAAGCUGAAAGUGGGUUUGCUACAAGUCCUCUGUGAGUCCUUGGACCUAGAAGCACCAAUCCCGCCAGUACGAAGGAAAGCACCCUACGUCUCUCUUCUUCAAGGAUUAGUAGAGAGUUGUAGUUGUUCUACUAUUUAA